GGUAUAGUAAAUGGCGUAUAUACACUUGAAGAACUUGCAAGCUAAUAUCGGUUUAAUAUCGUUUGAGGUUACUGAGAAGACUUUUGGCUCCUCGAAGUUUUCUCCAAAAAAAGUUAUUCGUUUACAUAUCGAGCCACUUUUUGGAAGCUGAAAUCCUUGAGCUAAAGAAAAAGAAGAAUUCAUCAGGAUGGCUGAUGUCAUAAAUAACGUAUUUGGCUUCGAGCUCUUUCAAAAACUCUAUCACGAUGAUAUUCACAAAAAGGAAGAUGUAAUAAUUUUAUUUGUGCACUGGUAUUUGACAAAAUCUGGAUUUAGAUGCAUUGGCAUCGGAGAUGAUGCAGCAUUUAAUGCAUCAGAAAAAGGUUCCGAAUUACUUCCAACAAAAUGGAAUUUACAUCCCAAUUAUGCACUACGUUAUGUAAAAGAUGGAAAAUUACAUAUACUUCUUGGAGUCAAAUCAGAUACAGAUUUAUUAUUGAACUGGAUGAAACACCAAGAUAAUUCUGUUUCUAACAUUUCAUUCCCUAUCGAGGAAACUGUAUCUGUUUUACAUGGACCUUUAGAGACUGUAAUACCAUCCUAUCAAACAAUUUUACAUAAUAUACAAAAAGAUUUUGUAAGUACGAUAUGCUCUAACGAAGCAGGGACCCAAACAACCAUACUAAAUAAUCCCGGAAGUUCCUCCGGAAGGAAUGAGGUUCCUGUAGGUGAUGAUUCUCCAUUGAGGAUACCUGUUAAUCGGGGAAUAAAUCGACCUGAAUAUAUGGGCGUAGGACGUAGAGAUCUUGAUCCAUUUGGAGAAGGCGGUGGUAUGAUAUUCGAUCCAUUUGACACGAGACGUCGUCAAAUUGGACGUUUACCGGGAGGCUUAGGAAUACCUGGAGUAUUGCCGCCAAAUGCGAUACCACCUGGUGCAAGAUUCGACCCUUUCGGUCCACCUGAGCUGGAUCCAAUGAGACCACAUCGUCGUAGACCCGAUGAUGACCAUUUACCUCCUCCACAAUAUGAUGAUAUGUUUUUGUAAUAAGUUACAGAAAAUUAAAUUUGAUGAAAGUGAAAAUACACAAUACAAAUAUAGACAGUUUCUUUGUAUCUCCUAUAGC